AUGGCUGAGAAGACCGAUUUUCAGAAGAGAGUGCUGCAAAUCGGCAUCCAUGGGAUGAUCUCGGCUAGCAUAGCCGUUGGUAAUCGACUGCAUCUUUUCCAAGCUCUUGCCAAGGUGGGAAGCGAAGAAAAGCCAGCAACUGCCGCCGAAGUGGCGCAGGAAAGCGGAUGUAAAGAAAGGUAUGUCAAGGAGUGGCUCGCAGUUAUGGCCACGGCCGAUAUCAUAUCUGUUACGGAAGACGAAAAGUUCUUUAUAAGGAAGGAGAACAUUGAGGAAUUGUUAUCCAGUUUCAAUGUUUUGAUAAACUCUUUUCUCCCAAAUUUCUUGAAGCCAUACGAUAAGCUCUGCGAUGCUUUCAAGAAGGAUGGACCAUACGGUAAUCUUUAG